AUGGGGAUGACUACGAUUAGUCGAUUGAUUAGAUUCGGUCUUCACAUUUACGGUGUAUGGCCGUAUGUACCGUCCACUAUGGUGUUCAGAUUAUAUUGGAUCAUAAUGCUAAGCACGGCCCAAGUUUUUCAGUACGGAUACGUAGUGAUGAACGUUCAUAUGGAUGACUUCUCCGAGUACAUGGACGGAGUGAGCAGUGCAAUGACAUCUUCUCUACUUUACAUUAAACUCAUUUUCCUUUGGACCAAUCAACGAAUAUUUUUUUAUGUAUUACAAAUGAUGUCUGAAGAUUGGCAAGUUCAUACUUCGAAUUGCUAUAACUCACGCAUAAUGACGGAUGUGGCAAAUGUUGCACGUCGCACUUCGAGAUGGAUCGUUGGCAUGCAAAUUGGCUCCGCAACUUUCUACAGUGUCGGCGUACUCGCCGCUAAUGCAAAUAGUCCCGAGAAAUUAGAGCCGUAUGCACGAGAACUUAUUCUGAAAAUGGAGUUCCCAUUCAACAUUAGUACAGAUUUUAUUUACACAACUGUUCAAACAGUUCAAUUUUAUCACCUAUUUUUAGUCGCCUGCGGUAUUACGAUUAUCAACUCACUUUUCGUCACUUUGUCACUCGACACACCCAAUGCCGCAGCGAUUUUGGUGAAAUCUUUAUUAUUCUACUUCUCGAUGAACGUCGAGGCAUUUAUAUACUGCUUCUGCGGCGAACAUCUGAGCGCCAAGAGCAAAAUGAUUGGAAGUGCGGCGUACGAUUCUCUCUGGUACGAUUUUCCACCCAAAGAAAGUCGAACUGUACUGUUUCUUAUUCUGAGAUCGCAGAAAAGAUUGACAAUCACGAGCGGAAAAAUCAUGGAUCUUUCUUUAGAACGAUUCACCAGUGUAAUAAAGGCAUCGUUGUCAUAUAUGUCAGUGCUAAUAGCAAUGUACUCAAUAUAA